UGAGGCUUUUACUCUCUCCCUCUCGCUCUACCUCUUCCACUCCCUCUCCCUGUGCCACUCAGCUCCUCUCUGUUUCUCACUCGUUUGCUUUCUACCCUGAGUUGCUGCAGCUGAAGCAACUUGGCUUCCCUCUAUCUAUCUCUUCUUCUGUGUCUCAGCAGAGAUGUAGCUCUCUCUCAAACUUUCAAACCUCUUUACUGAUGAAGUGCUGAACUCUGUCUGACCUCCAUCUUCUCCAGGUCCACACCAGUCCUCUGCUACUCUAUGGAUCUACUCAGUCCUGCUCUCUGACCUCCUGCAUUCUUUCUGCUAUAGCCUUUCUCCUCCUGCUUUUCCAAUCUGGACCAUGGCCAUGAAGGAGACGGUGCUGCCCAUCAGCGAAGUAUGCAGCCCCUUUCCAGAGGUGAUCGAGUUGAAUGUGGGUGGACAAGUGUAUGUGACCAAGCGCACCACUCUGCUCAGCGUUCCCGACACUACACUACAUGCCAUGUUUGCCCGCCGGGCACCUGGUGAGCUGCCCCGUGACAGCCGUGGCCGCUUCUUCAUCGAUCGUGAUGGUUUUUUGUUCCGCUACGUCCUGGACUUUCUGCGUGACCGGCACGUGGUUCUACCGGAGCACUUUCCUGAACGUGAACGGCUGCAGCGUGAGGCUGAGCAUUUCCAACUAAAUGAGUUGUUGAGGCUGCUGGGGACACCACGUAUUGCCAAGCAGGGCUCUCUCAAUGAUGAGGGCUGUCACAGUGACAUUGAGGAGAGCUCCCAAAGCAGCGAGCUGCCUGGACGCACACCAAGUUUGGAUAAGAGGUCAGGGUUUAUCACUCUUGGCUACCGUGGUUCUUAUACCACAGUGAGGGACAACCAAGCAGAUGCCAAGUUUCGACGUGUGGCAAGGAUCAUGGUGUGUGGGCGCAUUGCUCUGGCCAAAGAGGUGUUCGGUGAGAGUCUGAAUGAGAGCCGUGACCCAGACCGGCCACCCGAGAAGUACACAUCUCGUUUCUACCUGAAGUUCACCUACCUAGAGCAGGCCUUUGACAGACUGAGCGAGGCUGGCUUUCACAUGGUGGCUUGCAAUUCUACAGGGACAUCUGCCUUUGUUAACCACUACAGAGACGAUAAGAUUUGGAGUAGCUACACUGAAUACAUCUUCUUUAGACCUGCCUGCAGAACUGUGUCCCUGAGGGCAGAGUGUGAGGAACCCAAGCCUGAGAAGCUGGCAGACAAGGGCAGUGAAAGUGGCGCUUCCUUGAACGAAUUGUCCACGUCUAGCUCAGAGACUCACUCAGAGGCCACAUCACCCCAGGAUGGAAGUGCUAUCUUGGUGCCUCGUGAGGAGGUAGUUGGAGGCUCACUUGCACCCUGUGGAGCCCUGCAUUCAGUAUCUCGUCCCCCUAGUACCCUCACCCUUGGCAGGCCACCCAAGAAGGGCACCUCUGUGCAGUGGAUGGAGCUUCCAGAUAAAAGGCGCAACAGCGAGCUCUUCCAGUCAUUGACCAGCGGUGUGGGGCUGCGGGAGGGUGGACUUGUACGCAGAAAGACUCUGGAAAGACCCAACGCUCAAGAAGAGAUGAAGCAGUGCAUUCGGGAUUUCAGCAAGAUUAGGAUUCCUCAGGCAUUUCCAGAACGCAAGCGUCAGUGGCAGUCAGAAUUGCUUCAGAAAUAUGGGCUCUAGAAAAGCACUUAGUCAAAAUUUCUGUUGGUUUUUGAUUUUUUGUUAUUGUUUUUAAACUGGUUAUUUAAAAAGGUGCAAUAUGUCUCAAAAGGAAGGCAACAAGGCUGCUAAAAUGUCUAAAAUCUUAAAUUAAAUUGGCUACAACCCAUUCAAACUAUAUUGUAGCCCUGUGUUCAAACCUAAAGCAAAAAGGAAAACAAAUAAAGCAUCCUCAGCAGAAAAAAACAAUAUUGAUGAAACAAGCUUUUUAUUUUUACCGUAACAGCCCAUUUAGACAUUGUUGCUAGUAUAGUAUCAGUCAAAUAAAAAAUAUAUUAAAUAUUCUCUUAUGUUGCCUUGUCUAUAGAAAAUCUUUGAGCAAUUGCAUCAGUACAGAGUUUAUGUCCUCUAUAUAUAUUGUACAGUUCCAUUGUGCAAAUGUGAGCAUUUUAUACCUCACAAUGAUUUACUAAUUUUUACUGAGUAUCAUAAAGCCAGCAUGGGAUGAAUCCAUAAAUUAAAUGACAUUUCUUUCUAAUACAUACAAUUCUCAUUUUAACUGCAGUGAUUUUAAUGUUGAAUGAUUUAAUGAAUGUGUUCUGGAUGGUAUCUAAAGGUUAAUGUCCAUAUUGCUCAUUGUAUGAUAUGUGGUUUUAGUUUUGUAAAGUGGUCUGUGCAUAACAAUGUGUACUGUAUAUUUCUGAAGGAAUCACUUCAGAGAAGCAUUAGCAAAAUACGCACUGUUUGUUUUACUAAAAAGCCACACAGUCUUAAGUUUUAGGGCUUUUGAUAGAUGCCAAAUAAAUUAACAGUAUGCUUUCAGGAGAAUGUAAAAUAAAAUGCUGGAUUGGGAUGCUUUAAUGUCUCUUUCCAGAGCACAGGUUUGAGAAGCACAAUGGCACUGGUGUCUCUGUGAAACCAUAGUUGCAGUGUUCCAGUAGGUUUCCAACAAGAGCUAGUGUUAGUCUAUUGUAAUGUGAAAUUCAAGACAUGGAGAAUUUCUCUGUAAUAAAAAUGUGUCGUGUAAAUGGAACUGAAAUCCGUUUGUCUGCUCUGUGUAUGAUUUUAUAAAUGUGUGGUAAGUUAAAAUAAAAAAAGGGCUGUUUCAGUGUUUCUGAAAGAAAUGUAAUCUUAUAAAUGUUAUAGUAUUUGUACUCUGGCCAAAAUAAUAAAGUUACA